AUGCAAUUGUGCAGUUGUAUUUCUACCUAAGAUGAAAAUGAAAAUCUCUCAUCUGGUUAGAGUUUGUAAAACAUUUACUUAUAAUAAUAUAGUGAUUAAAUUGAAAGUGAAAAUAAAUUAAAAAUUGUAAAUAAGAACAAAAAUUAAAUCCCUUAUAUUGUAAAAGUGAAGACAGAAGUAUAAAUAAAUUAUUAUAAAUUUUAGAUCUGUAAAUAUUGGUCAAUAGAAGGAUAUUGUCCUUAUGGAAUAUAGGUAUAUAGAAAAAUAAUAAUAAUAGUGUACAUUUGCUCAUGAAAAAUAUGAAAUGAGAUAAAAAAUACAUGUGCCUCAUAAUUACAAAACAUAAAUUUGUAAAAAUUAUACAAUGAUUGGGUAAAAAUUGAGAAAGAAAUUUAGUUAUUGUAAUUAUGGUGAAAGAUGCUAAUUUAAACAUCCUGAAAAAAAAUAAAAUAAACUUCCUUGUAUUACUUAUUAAAAUGUUUUAAAUAACAUUAGAAACAAUUUCUUUUAAUAAAAGUAUUAGAAUUUGUUCUAUUUUUCGAGCCUUAUAAAAAAUUAAAAAAGGAGUAAAGGUUUGCCUUUUAAAAUUUGA